AUGGAAUAUAAUCUAGAAAAAAAUGAUCAGCUCGAGUAUCCUCAAAUUGUUACCGAAUCGAAUAAAAUUAUUAAAUCAAAACCAAAUUUAACUGACGAAUAUCAAAAGUUAAUGAAAAAUAUAAAAAAUGAUAAAAACAUUAUUAAUUCUACUGAAUCAUUAUACUCAGAUGUUGCAAUGGUAUAUCCAAUAAAUUCUUGGACAUUUUGGUAUACAAAUCCUUCAAAAACGAGGUAUCCGUGGGAAGAAUCAUUGACCAAAAUUGAAACUGUUCACGAUAUUACUCAUUUAUGGAAAGUUAUCAGCCAUAUCAUUAAACCAUCAGCAAAAUUUGUAAACACAUGUUUAUUUGUGUUCAAUGAAAAAAGCAUACCCGCAUGGGAACACAAAAGUAACGAAAAUGCAGGGCGUUGGGUAAUCGUAUUGAAAGAUAACCACAAUUUACAUAAUAUAUGGAAUAAUAUGGUGCUACAAGUAGUUGGUGACAAAUUUGCAGCUGUUAUAACUGAUAUAAAUGGUAUAGGAUUGCACAUUAAACCAGUGUGUUCCAAGAUAACAGUAUGGACUACAAAAAUAACCUUAAAUAAUUACAAAAGAAUACUAAAUAUUGGAGUGAUGAGCAGACAAACCAUUGGAAAAAUGACAAAACGCAUGUAUUAUUUAAUGCAUAACCAGUCACUUGUUUAA